GAAACAUUCACCGAUAAUCUGCACCAAGCCAAGGACAAACGACGAUGGGUGCGCAGCCGUCACGGGAGGUGCUGUUCCAGCAGUCAGACACAAACAUCGAGGUGACAGAGGGUGUGGUGCGCGACCUAAUCCGGCAUCAUCAACUCACAAACAGAAAAGGCCCACAGCCUCACGAGGACUUCAAAGAUGAGGCGGAUUUGAGGUUGGCAUACACUGAGCUCCAUGACAAAUACAAGCAGGCCACUGGUGCGCUGCAAGCGGCCCACAACAAGGGAUUCCAACGUGGCGCGGCCUUGGAACGACGCGACAGGGAACAGGAGCUCAUGAGACUGGAUAUGCAAUGGCAGAACAGGGUCGACGAAAUCCAACAACACCGAGAGGAGAAUGCAACACAGCAGUUUGAAGGCUUGCUUGCAGACUUUAAGAGCAGAUUCAGCAUGGACGUGUCAGAGCCGCAGUGCCAGGUGCAGGAGGGGGCCGUGCUUGCGUGCUUCAAGAGCAACCCAUCGCGCCCGCUCGACUGCGCUGAGGAGGUCAACCGUUUCCUCGCAUGUGCCGAACGCGCGCGCGCUGCAUACUUGGGCAACGUCUCACGCUAGACAACUCAACUGAACUUCUGCAUGUGUGUGUGCGUGUGCGUGUGUUUGUGCAUCUGCGACCCGUUGUUGGCCGUUUGCGUUGUUCACUUCUUCUUGUUGCGCUUGCGUGUCGUACGAGUUGUCUUCGAGGACCUGACCACGCGCCUCUCGAUCUUUGACCUGCCGAGGGGUGGCAAUGUGCGUGCAUGCAGGUGUGAGCGAGUGCGUGCGUGUGGUGCCAGCGGAGUGGCUGGAAUGAAACAGAAGAAGUUGAUACAAUGAAAGAGUGCACAUGUAUACACCACUGCAAGACUGU